AUGGAUCUAGGAGAUACGAGUGUGUUCACCGACGAGCUGCUUAUGGACGGGUAUGACAAAACCCUGUACCAAGAUUUUUUCCCCGCGUUCAUGCCAGAGAAUGAAGCUGCGAUCGCGGCUGGUGUUAUGAAUGGAAUUGAUGGUGGUGUUGGUUUUGACGUGGGUGUGGCUGCUCUUGGUCCUGGUGCGUCCCCGUUUUCCAUUGGUUCGACCGAUAAGUCCGUCGACAUCAACCGCUUCCACCGUUCCCUUGCCCACGCUUGUGAACCCCUUUCGAGAGAAACUGCCCGGCAGAGGGGCAUCACUCUCACGGGAACGUUGGAACCAUGCUCGGACUGCAUGAAGGCGAAGGGCAAGAGGUCGUCGGCGCCGAAGGGGCCGGGAGCGCGAGCGUCCAAGCCACUCGGGCGUGUUCACCUGGACGUGUGUGGACCGUUGGCGCCUUCCCUGGGCGCCAACCUCUACCUGUUCGUCGCGCUCGACAGCGCCUUGCGGUGGAACAAGGUCUACGGUCUCCGGCGGAAGUCCGACGCGCUGGCGGCUACGAAACGGCUGCUGGCGGACGUGGGGCGGUACGACCUCGGCCGCAUCGAGUGCUUCCGGAUCAACAACAGCACCGAGUGGACCCGAGCCAAGUUUCGGCGUUUCUGCGACGACAACGGCAUCGGCGUCGAGUUCACCCCGCCUGGCGUCCAGCAGUACAACGGCGUCGUCGAGAGCACCAUCUGGCGCAUCAUGAAGGCCGGCAUGGCCGCUCGCCGCGGCGCUGCCCGUGUGCCCAACGUCGACUACGCCUCCAUCACCGGCCUCGACCCGCGCGGUGACCGUCUUUGGUUCGCCUUGCGGUGGAACAAGGUCUACGGUCUCCGGCGGAAGUCCGACGCGCUGGCGGCUACGAAACGGCUGCUGGCGGACGUGGGGCGGUACGACCUCGGCCGCAUCGAGUGCUUCCGGAUCAACAACAGCACCGAGUGGACCCGAGCCAAGUUCCGGCGCUUCUGCGACGACAACGGCAUCGGCGUCGAGUUCACCCCGCCUGGCGUCCAGCAGUACAACGGCGUCGUCGAGAGCACCAUCUGGCGCAUCAUGAAGGCCGGCAUGGCCGCUCGCCGCGGCGCUGCCCGUGGGCCGUUCCGCGUGCGGCCGUUCUUCCAGUCCGGCUACAUGCGUGAGGAUCGCCGCACCAAGCUCGACGACCAGGCCACCCUGUGCUAUUACCUAAACGGCGGCGACAACCACCCGAGCGGCACCGUCAAGGUCCUCAAGGCUUCCACCGGACGCGUCGUCUACACCAACAACGUGUCGUGGGUGACGUCGGCGUCAGCCGGCGAGGGGGGUUCCGCUGGUUUCCCCGCUGCGCCGACGCCUCCCCCGUUCACGCCGGUCGUCUCGAUCAACUUCGGCCCAGCCCCGACGCCUUCGACCGCCGCACAGCUGCCGCCAGCGCCCACGCCCACGCCGUCGCCCGCACCCGCUCCUGGCCAGCCGCCCUCUGCCGCUUCGCCGUCAUCGUCGGCGACCCCAUCUCCAGUUCAGCUACCGCCGUUACCACCGCCGCCGCCGCCGGGCCCCGCGUUGCCCCCGCUCUCGGCUCACGCCAUGCGGCAGCUUCGUCCGGGCAAGAAGACCGAGGGUAUGAAGUACCCGCGGCUACCAGGCCGCACGAGAUCGGGCACGAAGCACAGCACAGGGCUCAUCUCGAUGCUGGACAAGAACACUCUGGUAUCGAUGCUGGAGGCCCAGCGCGCGGUGGAGGAGGAGCGCAGGGAGCCGGGGGGAGCGGGGAUCGGAGAGCCGGGGGGAGCGGAGACCGGAGCGCAGGGGGGAGCGCUCGCAGCCGUGGGCCUGGGGGCUGGAGGAGGGGGCUUACCACUUGUAUGUGCCACGCUCCUCGCAGACCGGGAAGACAUCGAUGCCAUGCUGCGCAACCAGCGCCCGCCGAAGCAACGCCCUGAUCUCCCGCACUGCCAGGCCAGCGACCUUCGCAUCCCCAAGAGCUACAACGAGGCCAUGGCGUCGGAGAACCGGCACUUCUGGGGCGACUCGAUGAAAAGGGAGUUUUUCGGGUUGCUGGAAGCGGGGACUUUUACUCCGGCGAAGAUGUUGGCAGCGUUGGCGUGCGAAUUGAACCUCGACUUGUGUCAUUUCGAUAUUGAGCAAGCUUUUGUGCGUUCGGAGUUGGAAGAAGACGUAUACAUGCGAUUGCCGCAGGGAUGUGGAGCUCUAUCUGGAAUGAUUGUAAAACUAGGCAAGAGUCUGUAUGGCUUGAGACAGGCAUCUAGGCAGUGGCAUGCAAUGCUGAACAGGUGUUUGGUUGCGUUGGGAUUUGAGCAGUGCAUGGCCUAUGCUUGUGUGUUUCGAUUGAUUGAAGGGGGGUGUGUGGUUUUGAUUUUGGUAGUACAUGUAUAUGAUAUUUUUGCUGUGGGAGAGAGGGAGAGAUGUGACACUUUUGACGCCGACCUUGACAAGUCCGUGCCGGUGAAGAACCUGGGAGAGUUGAGAUGGUAUUCUGGGUGCCUUUACGAGAGAAGCAAGGAGACUGGUAGGCUGACGAUUUCUCAGCAGACUUUCAUGGAUGAGCUAGCAGCAGAGUAUGGAGUAGCAGGGGGUAAGAGCGUUCCGAUGUCUUCGGGGGUGAAGCGUUCUACCUUUGAUGCGGAUGAAGAGGCGACAGAUUUUCCGUUUCGUGAGCUGGUAGGGUUUUUGAUGUGGCUGGCGACUCAGACUAGGCCAGACGUUGCGAACGCGUAA